UCGAUUGUAUAUGUAUCAACUUUCAAAUUUCAAUUCAAUUGGUAGGGCCUACAGUGAUGAGUUUAAUUUGUUCACCACAAUUCUUAUUUGGCGUUCCUAGUUUAGAUUUUUAUUCAAAAUUAAUUCAAAGAAGUUUACAUUUUGUCGUAGAAGUACUAUGGAUGAUUUGAAAGGAAAUAUGGAAGAAGUUAUAUCCAUAUGGAGGGAGGCAGAUGCUGUGUGUUUUGAUGUGGACUCUACAGUGAUACAAGAGGAAGGCAUUGAUGAGUUGGCCAAAUUCUGUGGAAAAGGACCAGAAGUCCAAGCAAUGACCAAGAAUGCAAUGGGAGGAGGUAUUGGAUUCCGAGAGGCACUAACUGCUAGACUGAACAUAAUUCAACCAACCAUGACUCAGAUACGGGACUUUAUAAGAUUUUGUCCUCCAAGACUGACACCAGGUAUUAAGAAACUUGUAGACUGUUUGCACCAGAGAAGUAUUCCAGUGUACUUGGUGUCUGGUGGGUUCAGAGGACUUAUUGGUCCAGUUGCUUUGGAUUUGAACAUCCCAUUGCAGAAUAUAUAUGCAAACAAAUUGAAAUUUUUCCUAAAUGGUGAGUAUGCUGGGUUUGAUGAAAGUGAACCGACAUCUCGCAGUGGAGGGAAAGGAGAAGUGAUUGGACUGCUCAAGAAAGAGCACGGUUACGGCAAGAUUAUCAUGGUUGGGGAUGGAGCCACAGACUUGGAAGCUUGCCCCCCUGCCGAUGCCUUCAUCGGCUAUGGAGGCAAUGUUAUUCGAGAAGAAGUUAAAAACAAAUGCAAGUGGUAUGUCACAGAUUUUCAAGAGCUGAUUGAUGUUUUAUGACAAUGGAAGAAAUAGUUGUUGCAAUUUUUUUAUAUUAUCAAGCUCUCUUUUAUAAAAUAUUUAAUUUUCAUGGCAUUAAUCGUCAUGAUUUGUAUAAUUGUUGUCUUAAAUAUGUGAUAUUGUUGUGUGAUUUUAUAUCAUAUAUUAAAUGUAAAAUACGACCAAUAUUGUACCUUGAUAAACAAAUGUUCAAUUUA